CAUUUUUCUUCAUAACAGCAACACAAUCAAACGAUCGGUCAACACGGUUAGAACCAAGGUUAGCAGCGUUCGAAGCGUUCCAACGUUGGAGGUGGAGCAGAACUUGGAGGAAACCGGAAGGAUAAAAGCGGCGCAUCCUUAUCUUCUACGCGUAGCUCUCCUCCUCGCCAGAGUGGGCUAAUCCUGGUCCAGCAUGGAUUUCCAGAACCGUGUGGGCUCGAAGACGGGCGGCGGCGGUCAGGCCAGCUACUCGGAGUCGAAUCGCGACCGUCGCGAGCGGCUAGCCGCUUUGGCCGCCGAAACCAUCGACCUGGCCAAGGACCCGUACUUCAUGCGCAAUCACUUGGGCACCUACGAAUGCAAGCUCUGUCUGACGUUGCACAACAACGAGGCCUCCUACCUGGCCCACACCCAGGGCAAGAAGCAUCAGAGCAACUUGGCCCGCCGGGCGGCCAAAGAGGCCAAGGAGGCGCCCACCAACCCCGCCCCCGACAAGGCCCGACUCAACGUGGAGCACAAGAAAUUCGUCAAGAUCGGACGACCCGGAUAUCGGGUGACCAAGCAACGCGAUCCCGACCAAGGCCAACAAUCCCUCAUGUUCGAGAUCGACUACCCGGAAAUCGCCGACGGCAUCACGCCGCGACAUCGAUUCAUGUCGGCUUAUGAGCAGAAAGUCGAGCCGCCGGACCGCAAAUGGCAGUACUUGCUGUUCGCGGCCGAGCCCUACGAGACCAUCGCCUUCAAGGUGCCCAGUCGCGAGGUCGACAAGUCCGAAGGGCGUUUCUGGUCCGUGUGGAACCCCGAGACCAAGGAGUUCUUUCUCCAAUUCGCCUUUAAACUCACUUCGGAUCGGAAACCCAUGCACGGCGCCGGGGCACCGCCCAUGGGCUUGUUGAACCCCAAUUUCAUGGCUCCGCGCCCGCCCAUGCCGCCGCCGGGUUUGCCACCCCCGCCUAUGCCGCCCGGAUCUCGUGCUCCGGUGGGCAUGGUGCCCCCGCCGCCCCAGUUUCAACCCGUGCCCCCACCCCCACCCAUGUAGAAAUAAAGACCAUCGGGCACGCUCUCACGCACAACAGCUUACCGAUGACGAUGACCCUUGCAUUAAUCGAGUCGACGAAAGGUUGCGUACGUAUGUUCAUGUGGUUUUCAUGUAUGUAUUACUAGGUUUAGCUUGAUUGACAAAGUGGACCUAAUUUUCAAUUGCUUGUAAUAGAAUUUGAAUGGCUUAAA